CGCGAUGACGUAGGGCAGCGCAGACGCAGUCUGUGGUCGACGCGCUGUGUGGGCGGAGGUCCGUGGCGAGCCUGGGGAGGAUCCGGGCGAGCGAGGAAAGGAUCAACCUGACGAUUCUGAAUUACCUUUUCGUUAGUUUUCCCGAGAUCACCUGCACCCUCCUGGCUGGACAAAGAUGGUCAACGUGUUGAAAGGAGUGCUUAUAGAAUGCGACCCUGCCAUGAAGCAGUUCCUGCUGUACUUGGAUGAGUCCAACGCGCUGGGGAAGAAGUUCAUCAUCCAGGACAUCGACGACACGCACGUCUUCGUGAUCGCGGAGCUGGUGAACGUCCUGCAGGAGCGAGUCGGUGAGCUCAUGGACCAGAACGCUUUUUCUCUCACCCAGAAGUGAAGACGCCACGUCCUGUUUGGGAGUCGCACACAGCAGUGUGGAAGGCUGACCCCAUCGUUCUUGCGUUCCAUGGGACUGAUAGAUGCAGGCACUUGCUGCAGCAACAACCAUGGGAUCGUUGAUUCGGGAAAAGCCCUGAACAAAUCGGUUGUGCAUUAGAAUUAACAAAACAAAACUCUGACGGUUA